AUGGGGAGAGCUGCUCAGAAAACUCUCCUCUCUUUACUCUGUCUAGCCGCAAUGGUUUGUCAGGCUCAGGAUACCUGCCCAGAGGUGAGCUUAGUGGGUCACAAGAGUACCGAUAAACUCUACAUUCUCCAAGGCUUCCCUGGAAUUCCAGGUGCCACAGGGCCCAGAGGAUACCCAGGAAAUGUAGGAAUGAAAGGAGAACGGGGACCUCCGGGGAUCCCCGGAAAGGAGGGGGAAACUGGCCGAAAAGGAGAAAGAGGUCCUGCUGGCCACCCUGGAGCGAAAGGAGAUAAAGGAGCCCCGGGAGCUACAGGAGUCCCCGGAACACCUGUGGAGGAAGACCUGGAAGACAGACAGUGUAGGAAAGGAGCAAAGAACUGCAAGGAGCUGUUAGCUAGAGGGAUCCGCAUGAGCGGCUGGUACACCAUCUACCCUAGUGACUGUAAAGCCAUGACCGUGCUGUGUGACAUGGACACAGAUGGCGGAGGAUGGAUUGUGUUCCAGAGACGGGUGGAUGGCUCUGUGGAUUUUUUCCGUGACUGGUAUUCAUACAAAAGAGGUUUUGGCAGCCAGCUGUCAGAAUUCUGGCUGGGGAACGAAAAUAUCCAUCUGUUAUCAUUCCUUGUUCCCAACGAGCUUCGCGUCGAUCUCAGAGAUUUUGACAACAACUAUGAAUUUGCUACAUUCUCUUCGUUCAAAAUUGCCAGGGAGGCUGAGACAUACACGCUGAUCAUUGGACCCUUUGUGAAUGGCACUGCAGGGGAUUCUUUAAUGGAGCACAACGGCAUGAUGUUUUCAACCUACGACCGUGACAACGACUGGUCUCCAGCUAACUGUGCUGAAGCCUUUAAAGGGGCCUGGUGGUACAGGGAUUGUCAUACAUCCAACCUGAAUGGAUUAUACCUGAGAGGAGCCCAUGGAAGCUAUGCUAAUGGGAUAAACUGGAAGUCAUCCAAAGGGUACAACUACUCCUACAAUAUGGCAGAGAUGAAAAUCAGGCCCGUGUAG